CAAUCAACUACACCGGCAGGUAGUGAGGGGGAAAAGAAGAUCCACGCCAGGACAGGGGUCUCGUCUCUUGCCGGCUGCUGUGCAUCUAACCUUGUUGGCGACAGCACAGGCACAGCCCUCUUUUCCCGCGCUUCAUCAGGAAGGCGUUCCCGGGCCCCGGCUGUGUUCACUGGGUGGGAGGCUGACGGGGAUGCUCCUCCCCAAGCAGGAGGUUAGCAGCAGAAGCAGGAGGAAAAGCCGUAGCAGUCCAGCUUGGAACCCGCGCAGCGGCGGUGGCGGCAGCAGCAGGGAGGAAGGUACCAAGAAUCAAAAUAACCAGCUUUUUAUGAAAAUUAUGAACUUGAGGAUUAUCUAUGACUGAAGACCAGCAGCAUGUUCAGGAGUUCCAGCAAAACUGCAGUACACACUCAAGUCACUUAGCUGGACUUAAAUGUAUGAGUUAGCUGCUAUUAGAUGAUCUACUGACUGUGUAACUCUUAGUCCUUUGCAAUGAUAUGCCUUUAAACUCUAUAUCACGAUUCACGCUCCAUCUUCAAACUGCAUAAAUUAUAAAAUAAUACAAUUAAAUCAACAUGUCAAAAAACGUGGAGAUUAUCAAUUUAUCAUUUUUACUGGAACAUGAAAGGGAAAUGAUAUUGGGGGUACUGAAGAGAGAUGAAUACUUGAAAAAAAUUGAAGAUAAAAGAAUCAGAAAAUUGAAGAAUGAGUUGUUGGAAGCCAAAAGGAAAGGUGGACGCCAUUACCAGCAGGAUAACAGCAGGGUUUGCAUUCGCUGUCAGAAAAAUUUGGGCUUAAUCUUUGAUAGAGGGGAUGUCUGCCAAGCAUGCAGACUCAGAGUCUGCAACAAAUGCCGUGUUGUAGGAAUUGGUGGCAACUGGAAAUGCACAGUGUGUGAUAAGAUUGGGCAUCUUAGAAUAGUAACAGGUGAAUGGUUUUUUGAAGAGAGAGCCAAGCGCUUCAAACAAUCCACCCUCCUUGGAACUGAUGUUGUUAGACGGUCUAUCCUACGCAAAGCCCCAGAUUCUUCCACUGAAGGUACAGAAGGAGGAAAACCCAAAGAUAAGUCUCCAAAGAGCUCAGAGGAGACAUCAAAGCAAGAUAUGCUAGCUUCCUUUUCAAGUGGAGCAAAGUCAGUCUUCAGUGGUCCCAGGAAAAUAGGUGGGAAGGUUUUCAAGACAGGCACUAAAGGAGAAAUUGCAAGUGUGAAAGCAGAAGAAGGAAGAAGCAUCAGCUCAGAUGCAGAUGUCCAGAGCAUGCACAGUGCUGAUGGAGGGAGCACCUUUUCAGUUGACAAUAAUGAUUUGGAGGACAUGCCUGGUAGUCUGAAAAGGGCAACUGGUGCUGCAAAUGGAAGCAAUGCCUCGACUCCAGUCCAUCCAAGGUCGCCAGCACUGAGCAUACGCAGCAUGACUGUAGACAAUGGCAGGGAUUCUGGAUUAGAAAAAGGCACGACUAUGCCUGCAAGUGAAAGUAUACCUGCAGAUUUAGCAAAAAAGCAUCAUAGGAAACCAUCAGGGACACCCUCCAUAGCUGUUUCUAGGACGUCUCUAUCAUCUGAUCGCAGCAGAUCAGAAAUAGAUCUCAGUGGGUCCUUUUCAGAAGGCAAUGAGGAUACUUUAAGCUUAAGAAGUAAAUCUGUACCUGGAGCAUUGGACCAGGAGCUGGAAUACCUGGAUGAGGCAGAGGAAGAUAUUGAUGACAUUGUGGCCUCUGGCUACUCAAAGAGGGGAACCAAUUUGGCAAGUGGAUUAUCAAUAGAAUACCUGGAUGAGGCAGAGGAAGAUAUUGAUGACAUUGUGGCCUCUGGCUACUCAAAGAGGGGAACCAAUUUGGCAAGUGGAUUAUCAAUAAAUUCUUCAAGUUCUGACAGGAAAUGGACAUACUUAAAUGUUCCAGAGGCAGAUGGUGAUACUACUAGCAUUAAUAGUAUGACGAGCGUUUAUAGUGAAACUGGGGACUAUGGCAACUUAAAGAUCAGUGGUGAAAUUUGUCUCCAAAUUAGCUACAGCUAUAAAACAGGAGCCCUCAACAUCCUAGUAAAAAAAUGCAAGAACUUGGCCUUAGCAGAUGAAAAGAAGCAAAGAACAGAUCCCUAUGUCAAAGCAUACCUCCUGCCAGACAGGUCUCGCCAAAGCAAACGGAAGACAAAAAUUAAAAGCAAUAGCACGAAUCCAGAGUUCAAUGAAACGCUGAAGUAUGUCAUCAGUCAUACACAGCUUGAGACUCGGACCCUACAGCUCUCUGUCUGGCAUUAUGAUAGAUUUGGGCAUAACAGCUUUCUAGGAGAAGUGGAGAUACCCUUGGACUCCUGGAACUUUGAACAUCAGGCAGAUGAAUGGUUCGUGCUUCAACCAAAGGUGGAAGUUGUAGCUGAUACUGGUCUUCAGUACAAAGGAGAGUUGAUAGUUGUCUUACGGUACAUUCCCCCUGAGAGGAACCUCACACUUCCCCUAGGAGAUAUUCGAGGAAAGAAGAACACUAAGAAAGGAAAGAAGGCAAACUCACAACUACCAUCAGGAGGCAUAUUAGAAGUUGUCAUCAAGGAAGCCAAGAACUUAACAGCUGUGAAGUCAGGAGGCACAUCUGACACAUUUGUGAAAGGGUACCUGCUUCCCGACAACAACAAAGCAUCUAAACACAAAACCCAUGUAAUAAAAAAAAGCGUGAACCCCCACUGGAAUCGCACUUUCAUGUUUAGUGGCUUGAAUCCGAGAGAUAUACACAAUGUCUGUUUAGAACUCACUGUCUGGGACAAAGAGUCCCUUUCCAGUAAUAUCUUCCUGGGAGGUGUUCGCUUAAAUACUGGAAGUGGUUUCAGUAAUGGCAAAGAAGUUGACUGGAUGGAUUCUCAAGAGGAAGAGCAACUUCUCUGGCAAAGAAUGAUCGACUGUCCUGGGGAUUCUGUGGAAGGUGUACUAAUGCUGAGAUCUAGCAUGGGGAAACGCAGACUCUGAGAGCCCUCUCUCCUUUGUGCAGCCUCAGAAUCUGCAUAUGGCCAUUGCUCCUCCUGAGUGCCAUCACACAGCUCAUUGCCUGAAGAGUUCAAAUGAUGCAUUGCUGCACCUUCUCGAUUUCAGUUUUGAUGGAGUAUAGCAGCAUUCAGCUUGAAGAACUGCAGUGGAAGUACAAUCAUUUCACUUUGACUUGUAUUCUACUAUGGAUUGCUUUCUUAUGAAUACACUGUGAAUACUGUGCCACUAGAGCAGUUAAUAGCAGUGGGCAACAGGGUCCUGAGACUGAUGGGAAGCCCCAGCUGCUGAAUUAGCCAGCAACAUACCAUUUUUUAGCAUUAGCCAUUGGUAGUGCUGUGCCAAAUUUUUGCCACUUAAUCAGCCAAUGUAGUGGUGAACCAUACGUCUGGCAUGGAGGGUGCAGACUCUGCAGUGGUUCCCAUGACAGCACAAACAUUUGGUGAGGGCCAUAUGGCUCUGCCUCCUGCCAGCUAUGGUGCCUGAGUCACUAUGUGCACCACUGAAGCUAAAGCCGAGCUCUUAAGAGCAAGCACUGUCAUCUGAAGUUUAGGAAGUCAUUCACUUCAAUGGACCUUAUGAACACAGGUAUGUAUGAAGCUGUCUUAUACAGACUCAGACCAUUGGUUGAUCUAGCUCACUGCUGUUUACUCUAUCCAGCAGGAGCUCUCUAGGGUCUUAGGAAGUCUUUCCCAUGUAAGUCAAACCAUCUGAUUGUUACUGUUUUUUUAAUGGAAAUGCUUGGACUAAACCUGGGACCUAUGCUAUACUAUCAAGUUAAGGAACCACUGUACUCCCUGGUAAAUUUCUGUUAUACAUGCUUUACCAACUGGUUUUUUCACUUAAAAGAAAAAUCCAAAAACAUGCCCAUCGAUUCAAAGCACACUUUAAGCAUGAGCUGUGGCUUUAGUUUAUAGCCACAUUACUGUGAACUAUUAACAAAUGUUUACUAUGAAGUAAGUGGUCACUUUGGGGGGAAAUAUGCAGGCCUACCAUGGUGCAGUAUGAUAGAUUUGGUUUUUGUAGUUCAGUAGUUUAAAAAGCCUUUGGCCUUGUGGCACUGUGUGUGCGUACACACACACACACACACACACACGGGGUGAUCUAUUUAAUGUAUAAAGUGGUUGAAACACAACAUGUGAACCAGACCUCAUUUUAAGACUUAACUUCUUAGUAGGUGAACUGUAUUAGUAGAUGGAUGAGGCAGAGCAGUGAUUCAGAAUCAGCGCAGCAACUGUAGUUUGGGUUCAUUUCAGUGUUCAAACUAUACUUGUUCAAUGUAUGCUCUGCUGUUCUUGCCAUAAAAUGGUCUUGAUACAUAAAAAUUAACACUGUGACAUUGUCAAUACCAGCAGCUCUACCCAAUUAGGGUUGUGGAUGAUGCAUUGAUGUACAUGUGCAAUACCAAAAUGUAGUGUGGAAAUCUGUUUUUCACUUAACAAUUUAAAUGGUUAAUUCCCCCUUUAAACAGGCAUAUGAGACAAAUGCGGAUGACCAACCGUAUAUCUAACUUUUUCCCCUCAUGAAUCUAGGUUUUUUUGUUGUGAUUUGAGCUGAGCCAUGAUGUAUUUUAUACUCAACCUUUUAUAUACUGCUCAUUCAAGGUUUGAAUUUUCUAUAAGUGCCAGAAGCCUAAUGAAGAUUGGUUUAAUCAUCUUAUCCUAGCUAUAAAACUGUGAUUCACACAGGCCAGAAAUUAAUAGCACGACGGCAACUUCUAAAACAUUCCUUUUCACAUCUGUACAUAUUACUACACAACUAGAUCACAGAACUUUGUAACAAGUGUUGAUACUAAUUUUUCUAAGCAUUAACUUACAAUGAUUUUGUCUUUUUCCUGUUUAUAAAUUAAAUGUGUGUGAAUUUUAUUUUAAAAGCCCAAAAAUCAGAAAGGAAAAAACACCAAGUUGCCAAUUUCCAAAUCAGAGAUGUUCUCAAAUUUCACAGUUCACAAAUCUCCUAAUGCCACCAAAAGGCAGCCUUUUGUUGAGAGACACAAUCUGCUUGCUAAACACAAAUCACUCUCUCAUGCUUUAUGUGCCUCUACUAGGCUUUGUAGCAGUGGUGUGGAUGCUUAGGAUAUAAAAGCAGUAGCUCUCCCAUAUAAUGGAUGGCUAAUCUUUGGCCUUCCAGAUAUUGCAAGACUCCAGCUGCCACCAUCCCUGACCAUCAGCCAUUCUGGCUGGAGCUGAAGUCCAAUAACCUCUGGAGGGCCAAGGGUUAGCUACCCUGUGCGCUAAAUUCCACAGGGCAAUGUAUGCACUAAGUGAAGGUGUUUUGUAAUUUUACGUAAGACACGGUUGAGCCUGCACCAACUGUACAUGGGGAUGUUGCCUCCUGACUGGCAUAGGUACUGUGCUCUUUAGCACAAUGUGGAGUAACCUCUGAUAAUGCAAGUGAACAGGCCUCAACUUAUAAAAAAAAUGGUGUUGAUUCAUUCCUAUACCUCUUAAGAGGCUGACUAGCACAAUUCAUUUGUGGCAAUAAAUUUCACUAGCUGCAUGCUUCAGCUACUGUCCUGCUGUUAGUCUUCAGAUGGCUUUGGCAGUGUAUAAAAACACCUUUGCUAGAUUUUUUUUAUCAGCAAAAAUGCUUUGUUGUGCGCAUUAAGGAUGAUUAGAUGUCUUUAUAAUGUAUUUAUUCCUGUUUUGAUUGUCUCAUUUGGAACACUUAUGCUGGGCAUGAACUGUAUCAAAUGAUAAAAUGGAACUGCAUUAUGUGAAACUGCCAAAAAAUCAGCCAGGUUUUUUUCCACCCCCGUUUGCUUUAUUGUACUUUCCUGUGUAUGUGUACAGAUUUAUGGACUGUGGAAAAAAUGUUGACUUAAUUUAUAGUUAUUGUAAAAGUAAGGCCUUAUUUUUGUCUACAAUUAAA